GAAAAUGCCUCUUUAUUGUCAUUAUGUGCCACAAAAAGCUUACUGAGAGCCCUUCAUGAAAAAUCAAGCAAACUACUGGGUUCCUGGUUUGCAUGCAGAGCCUUGCUGGUUCUGGUCCUACUUCAUCAGAUCUUUUCCUAUUUCACCAGCUUCAUGACCUGGUUUUGAAUAGCAUCCAAAGCACAACAUACCAGGAUGCCGGAGCGGGUCGGCGACUGGACGCGGGUGCGUGACAUCGGCUCCGGGGGUUUCGGCACCGUCGUUCUGUGGACCAACGCCGACACGGGCGACAAGAUAGCGAUCAAGCAGUGCCGCUGGGGCGAGCCCGGGUCGGGCACGGAGGCCCUGCUGGUGCCCAAAGUGCGCGAGCGAUGGCAGAAGGAGGUGGAGAUCAUGCUGAAGCUGGACCACAGGGGUAUCGUCAGCUGCAUGCCCCUGCCGGCCGCCUUCCGCGUGGGCCCGACCGCCCUGCCCCGGCUCUGCAUGGAGUACUGCGUGGGCGGCGAUCUACGCAGGGUUCUCCUGAGCGCGGAGAACUGCUGCGGCCUGCCGGAGCUGGCCGUGCGCCGGUUUCUGAGUGACAUCACGGACGCCGUCGGCUACCUCCACGGCCUGCGCAUCAUCCACCGCGACCUCAAGCCCGAAAACGUGGUGCUGCAGGAGGUCGACGGACGGACCGUGUACAAGCUGAUCGACCUGGGGUACGCCAAGGAGCUGGACCAGUCCAGCGUGUGCACCUCGUUCGUCGGCACGCUGCAGUACCUGGCGCCGGAGCUCUUCCUCACCAACAAGUACACCUGCACGGCCGACUACUGGAGCCUGGGUCUGGUGGCACAUGAGGUGGUCACUGGUGUCCGCCCCUUCUUACCCAACAUGGUGCCAGCCAAGUGGAUGCAGCACGUGUCGCAGAAGGGCCCCGACGACAUCUGCGCGGAGGAGUUGGAGGACGGCACGAUCGUGUUCCGCUCGGAGAUCGUCGGCUGUACCCAUAUCUCCAGGCCGCUGCGGCAGCAGCUGGAGCCGUGGCUGCGGCGCCUGCUGGACUGGGAGCCGCGGCGGCGCGGCCGCCUCUCCGCCGACUCGCCGCACGUGGUGGUGUUCGACCAGCUGCAGCAGCUGCUGCAGCGCAAGGUGGUGACCGUGUUCGGCGUGGCCGGCUGCCAGCUGCUGCACCUAGAGAUCGACCAGCAGACGACGAUGCGGGACGUGCAGGCAUUUGUAAAGCUCAGCACAGGCCUCGAGCCGACCCGCCAAGACCUGCGCCUGCCCAGGGGUGACCGACCCGGCACCAGCCCCGCCCAGUCGGCGCUCCAGUGCUGGGCGCCGCCGCAGGAGGAGACCGAGUGGGUGCUGUACGUGUUCGACGCGGCCGGCGCAGAGGGCGGCGGCUCGGCCGACAUUCAGCUGCCGCCACUGGUGCUCGAGAUGCUGAAGGACACGGAGCACCGGCCGGCCUACUACCGACAGAGGGCAGUGUACGGACAGGCGGUCUUCCUGAUUCAGCAGCAGACCAGACUGCUGUCACUACUGCAGAAGGCGCAGCACGUCCACAUGAUGUCGCUGGCCGGCACCAUGUCGCGGCUGACGCGGCUCAGCGAGCGCAUGACCUGUGACCUGGCGCGGCUGCAGGCCUCCUCCGAGCUGUUCCACGCCUCGCUCGGGUGGGACGAUGAGAACUACAGCCGGCAGGCGGCCGCCGGCGGCGUCACAUCGGCCCGCGUAUACGGCACGUGGCGCCAAGCGGGUGAGCAAGUGCGGCGGCGCCACCACCAGAGCCACGAACUCGUGCAGCAGCUGACGGCGGCUGUGCGUGACGUCACGCGGCGCGGCACCGAGCUGCAGCGCGUGCCUGGCAACCGGCAGAAGCCCGAUGGCUUCGGGCUCUUCUAUGAGAAGGCGUGCGAGGUGUACGAGGCCCACCGGCGCCGGCCCAAGGAGCAGCGCGGCCAGCGCACGAGCAACGCCGAAAUGAUCCGCAUCGUCGCCAAGUUCAUCCGGAACAGGAGCGAGCCGUUCGCCGAGCUGUACCGCGUGAUCGGGCGACAGCAGGCGAUCCAGCGGGAGGUGGACGAGCUCUCGCGGCCGCUGUCAGAAGCCAUCGAUGGUGUGCACCGGUGCCUGGACCUCAUCUCGCGCUAUCAGAAGCAGCGCCAGAGCGAGAUCUGGAAGUUCAUGGAGCUGGUGCUUCACGCGAGCGCUGCUCUGCCGCCCAGUAACGCUAGCAGCGCGUCCGGCCGCACCGCCUCCACGGUCGUCUCAGACAGUGCGGAGGUCUCCGGCCACGCCCCGGAAGCUCUGCCCGCUGCCGACGCAGAGGUAGUAUCGCUGGCCAACCUGCUGGACUCCGCGACGCUAGAGACAUCUGACGCCGUCUCGGAGAACCUCAACCUGCACGCAGAGAUCAGCCAGGUGCUGCAGUCCACUGAGCCAGCCCCGUCACCUGACGGCGACCCGAUAGACUGGAACUUCCUUAAGUAGUCACUGGAUGGCGCUGCCGUCGGUGCGCGUAUUGUGGCACAGCGUCUGGAAUGGUGCGCUCGUUCGUCCAAUCAGCGAAGGAUCUGAAACGGCUGCCACAACGCUUCUGCUCCGGACCAAAGACUGUACUCUUCGAAGCGGUGCCUUCUGCGUGGGGUCCGGACCACGUGCCAUAAGACGAUAGUUUUUACAUUGCUUUACGAAUGUCAGGGCUCGUGAAAAGAAGCAAUAGUGUGUGUUCGUGGGCUGGCGCGUUUGCAUGUGUUGGGCGCUGUCCGUCGGGAUGCUCGUCGAUUCCGGUUGGCGGUCGCCUUUUUGCCUUCCUGCGCGACUUAUGCUGUAUGUUAGACGGCCUGUGACCCAAGAUAUCGUGCUUCAGUGCAAAAUUCAGGACACUUCUGUGCACGGGCGACUCCAAAUUUCUAGACACCAGCGAUCGCCGCUUCCUGAGGCGGCACCCCAUGCGGGGCCCGCCCGAUCAGGGGCGCUCACGGCCUGUUAUCGCAUGGGAGCUCUCGGCCAGUCCGCUGGCCUGCUUGUCUCAACUCACCUGUGCGCCCGCGCGCCGCGCUUGGCCCAACAGCCCCGGGAACGACGCUUGGCGGCGAUCGGCUCCGCGCGUUCACUGCGUUCACUGCGCUGUGAGCUUGAAACGCACGGUCCCGCUCGCUUUGCUCGCCGGUUGGCCGCCCCGCACCGUGAAGUGCCGAGCGCGUGCGCGCAGCGAGCGUGCUCGGUUGGCCUGAGCCCAAGUGGCUCCACCGCUGUUGCUGUCGGCUGGGCGGGCGCGCGGCUCGACGGCUCCACAUUGUCCGGCGCCGGUCGUCGGAGGGAGCGCGGGGGCGGGCGUGGCCGCGCGCGUGUCGACGCCCCGAGACCAUGUGGUACCGGGGGUCCCGAGUCUGGUUGGUACCGGGAGUCCCGAGUCCACGUGGUACCGGGAGUCCGAGCACUCCUAGUACUGCAUUCUCUUAUGCACUCUCAAUAUGACUCAGAGCACUUUCAGUGGUGCUGGAGUGGUCAGGGAUAUGCGGUGCUGAAGUCGUCGGGGAUGCGUGGUGGUCGGGUCGUUGGUGAUGACACAUUCCGCGCCGGAUGGUGCCCGUUGUUGGCUGUGGGUGCUGCGACUUGGCCUGCUCCGUCCGCCACCGCUCCCGCCAUCGCCGUUGCCCCCGUCCCUGACCCCGCCGAGGCCCUCAAAGGCUUCCGCGCGGCGCUUGCGACAAUCUUCUAACGCGGCGCACCAGCCGAGAUGGGCUAAUGCGUGUCUGUCGUCGCUCACACGCCACCGCCUUGUGCCGCCACGUCCAGCCACCAGCCGUGAUGCUCUAUGCAGUACUCUGUCGCUAACUGCGGUGGAUUGACUCCGCAGCGUUUUCCUUUUGUCCCAGAAAACGACACGCUGGAAACGACGCUACACUCUAGUCACGACGUGUGCCAAAUUACGACGCCGCAUGUCACGUGACUAUGCCUAUGCUGUGUUAUGUACUGUAGACAAGCGCCUGGAAGACAGCUUUCCUCCGCGGGAUUUGGCUUGCAUAAUCACCCGAUGUCUUCAUAUGACAGGUGGCUGAACCGUCUUACCGCGGCGGGGGUGGUGCAGCCCUACAUGCGGACCCCUAUAUCAUAUUUUUAGACUGGUUGUUCGCACAGUUGCCACCACUGGUUUUAAGUAUCGUGUUUUUUCGUCCGCAAUCAGUGUUUGGCUUGGCGAGUUAACGCAUCGCUUUUAUCAUAUGCUUAGCUGAGUUUUGACCCCUCUACUACGUACCUUUUUAAUUGCUUGACGCGGCAAAGCACAAAUUCGUCCCCUCGCGAUCUUGCCUGGGGAACUGCUAGAAGCUGAAGGCAUGUGCUGGUAUCCUCGCACCCCUCUUCAGCCGUAAUCCCUGUGGGUUGAAUUGUGAUGGAGUUGUUAUGUCCAUGGUAAUCGAACGCGUUCGCCAGACUGCAACUGCUGGAUGCCGAUUUGUGACACAUCUUAAGCCGCCCUGGUGUUAUGCGGAAGUGCUUUCCGGCGUGACCUGCUGGUUGGGCGGGCGCUCCUGCGUCGCGCGUUGAAGCGCCGCGUCUCCGUGAAUAAAAUCCAAGUGCUUUGA